AUGGCAGGAGCUGAUGCUGCUGCAGGUGGUUUCUUUCUUUGGCUAUACGUGAUGCUGAUUUUUAUUUGGUCAUGUCUUCCCUGUAUCAUAAUCUGUGUCACUGUUGGCGGUACUAUAGGUCUCAUCGCUUACUGUAUCAACAAAAGCAACAGAGAGGAACGGGAGAAUGCCAUGCGGAUCCAACAAAUGGUUAUCCAAAGGUCAAAUUCUAAUGUAAACGUCUAA